AUUUCUGAACAAGCAGGCAGGUCCACAUUUUCACACUUAGCCUACCCAGGACAGAAAAGAGGAACCUUGACUGGUCUCUCUGAAAUGUUCAUUUUUGGCAAGCCCACACGAACGCUUUUAACCAUAAGAAGUCAUAAUAUACAGAGAGACAGUCAGAUGGAAGAGGAAGACAUACAUAGACGCCAGAGACAAAAAUAUUGCCUCAUAAUUUAAGAUCUGCUGUGGAUUUACCCAGAGCGAGAAGAAGAAGAAGAAGAUGUUGAUGAAGCAAUAUCAUGAUAUCUAAUUAACAACAUACUAUAAGGAUGUACAGGGACAGGUUUACCCCGUUCCACCAUCCUGAAGCAUUACCAUCUCAAAACAAAGAACGCCUAGGAAACAUUGAUUAUUGAUAUGGAUAAAUAACAGAGCAAUACCUUGGGUUAAAAAGGGCCAAUCCCGACCAGGGGCUCUACCUUCCUGACGUUCCCCAGGAAUCAUGAAUCCCAGUUGGGCUCUUUUCUGUGCUGUUCUCCCACUCCUGGUUUCCUGCUCUGGUCCAGAUUACUUUACUCUCAAUGAGAGCAGCUUCCGUGUGUCACCUGUGUUGGAGUCACUUCAGUGCUAUAAUGACUACCAAUCCAAAGUCGAUUGCCAGUGGAGGGAGGAUCUGAGCAACAAGAAAAACAUGACCUUGGAACUCUGGAACUGGAAUCCCUAUGAAAAGAGGGAUUCCCCUCGACGGACCACCCGGUGUGAGCCCCUCGAUGGACCACCCGGCCCUCAUGAUGACGUUAAAAAUCUGACGCUGAUGCGAUGCCGAUUCAACACUUCCCUUUUUGCUAUCGCAAUCAACCAUACGUUCUUCUUCAAAACCCUGACAGCCACUUCCUGUUUCUCAUCACACCGCAGUCUGAUCCUGUCCCAGCAAUUGAGAGUGCAUCCGCCGGUCGAUCUGUCUGUAAAUAUUUCGGAGAAAGGAGACCGGCUGAUCCAGUGGUCGAGCCCCUACCCAGCCUCAUCUCGUCUCAGCCACAAUCUCACCUACCAGCUGAACUACAGGAUAGAGGGCCAGGACAGUUGGAAAAGUGAGACGUUGAACGAAACCCAUCUGGAACUCUGGAAUGAACAUCUGGAUCUUCCAGUACAUCAACGAGGUUGCUGGUACGAAGCCCGGGUGAGGGCGAAGGUAGUGACCAGGGGACUCUGGAGCGAGUGGAGCCCCCUAGUGACGUGGAAGACUCCUGAAGCCAAGGACCAGACUCCCAGCAUGCAGUGCGUGCUAGACGGGGAGGAGAAAGUGACGUGCAGCUGGGAGGUGAUGAAGGAGAAGGCUCAGUUCAUAACCUACCAUGUGGAAUGCCAACACAAGCAUCAAAACACCAUCGCCAAGAGGUGCUGUGUUCACAAGGAGGUCACGCGAAUCAACCGCCACAAUGAGGCGCUGUUGAGGUACAGCUGCUCCCUGACCUCCUCUUAUCUGGAACACCUCAAGCUGGAACUCAUCCCGGAGCUCAACGCAAAGUCAUUCAAUGCCAGCCAAAAUAUCAUUCCAAAUCCCCCAGUGGCAGUCAAAGUGACAGAGGAAGGAAGGUACUGGAAGGUUGAAUGGAAGAAACCUACCUCAGUACCGGUCCUCAGUCAUGAGGUCCGAUACUGGAACCCACUUAAUAAGAAGAACCCUCAGCUUAAGAACAUAGCGCAAGGAAUGACAUCCCUGCUCAUCGAUGGCACCUCCCUGGAGCCCGCCCAGCGCUACAAAGUCCAGGUUAGGGCCCUGCUCCCCAAAGGAGGCUUAACCUACACCGGGGGCCCCUCUGAAUGGACCGAACCACAGGAGUGGGACUCAGGCUCCGCCUGGUCUCGUGAGACCCUCCUCUACGUCGGACUUUGUGUGCUGGCAGCGCUCCUCUGCAUUGCUCUCUUCUUCGGCGUAAACACUGGUCGAAGGAAAGUGUUGGCGUGGUUAGAGUCUGGCCCUUCUCCAAACAAGAGUAAACUCUUUUUACAGAGCAAGAAUUUUUCCUGCCAGCCUGUUAUACACGAGGAAGAGAUCAUGGACGUCUGUAGGGUCAAUCACCUGGACAGCUUCUCCUCUUGUUCUUCUACUGAAGCUAAGCUGGACAAGAAAUGUGAAUGGCAGAUGUCCUUCUCUGAGGACGAAGGCUGUUUGGACUGCGAUCGCCUGCCUUCGCCCAACAGUUGCGACCAGAUGAACUGCUCGGCCACUUCAGCGCUCAGCUUCAACGGCCCCUACAUCAUCUGUAAGGGUACACCGGAAUCACCCCAGGUUUCCGUGGCCGACCAGCAGGAAGUCAAAGACAAGGACGUCCCCUCUUGCAUCGGUUCUCAGCUGACUGCUGUCCUCCCGGAACCAAUGCCUCCGACCGUUUCUCAUUCCAGAGAUGAUUACGUCCUUCUACCCAAUCCUGGUCUGUCCAAGUCCACUGAGGAGCUCGUAACUCACGGCAACCUCAACAACAACUACCACACAACAAAGGUAGAAGGUUCUGAAAGGACUGGACAAGGCUUAAAGGGAGAAGAGCAGAGCCCCACAGUACUUCUGCUGGGCCAUAACGAGGGCGAGCCACCGUCUUACACACCAAUGCAGUUCCCCAUUGCUCCCCAAGGGGGCACUGUUCAGCCCUCUGGAUACUGCUUUCUUCCUUCAACUAUUCCCAUGUAGUAUGCCACUGCAAUGCUGCUACAAUGCAGUGUUAUGCUCUUUUUAUUUUCAUUGCGUACAGUGUAGUUAAUUUGGAAGGAUAAGGGAUUUUGGAUGAUAUUCAUUUCUUAAGGUAAUAUUUGUCGCAUCAUUAAAAUCUCUAUUUUAGAAUCGAGUAACAAGCUAAAGUGAUACUUUUUAUUUUUUCCGCUGCACUUUGCAUAGCCUCCCCAAGUAUUUACAUUUACAUGUUGAUUAUUAGUGAUGCUGUAGGUAAGCUGUUGUAGCUGUAAAGAGAGACAGAGCAGAACAGCGGAAGAGAGGAAGGUUUGGAAAUUACCUUGGGAAAAACUGUUCACCAACCGUAACCUUUUAGAGAUUUUGAGGUCACAUAUGUCUGUUAUAAAAAGGUAUACACAAAUGCAACAGCAUGUGUUUGCAUUCCUUGGACACAUACAUUUACACCCUAACCCUUGCUUCUUUUUUAAAUGCACUCCCUGUACGAUCACGCGCUCACAGACCUGAGGUCUGUGUUUCAGCUUUGACAAUAGGUCAACGUGGGGCUGCACACCUGUCUGGAAAAGAUGUUGUCAAUUGUAGUCCGAAGAAGAACAUUUUGUGCCAAAAAUGAUAUAGCACAUCACAUAGAAUAUAUAUAGGCACUACCCUAACAUGGAUUUAAGAUUGUAAACCAGAUGGGCUAUUUAUAAGUGUGUCAGACCUAACCAGAGCAGUUUUUUGGUUGCUCAGAAUGUGUAAUGCUAAUAAAGCCAUCCAGCGUGUUCAAUUGUA